UACCGCUCUGCUCGCCUCGCUCGCCCACUCUUGUCGUCCAAUUUUUCUUCCAGCAGUCUCAUCCUGUCUGCCAGCACCAGCGCAACCGUUAGCUAGCUAAUAGGGAGUAACGUUUCAUUCUCACAGAAGAAUUCUGUUUUGAUACCUCAGCAUUGUGUCAUUUUGCUGAAUAAUUCGCUUGGGAAAAUGAAUUUGCGAUUUUUCCGUGCCAACACGCCUCCUAGAAGACAACCCCCCCUCCGUAAAGUCCACUUUUUCACUUCGACCUCGGUAACGUUAGCUGAACGGGUAACGUUAUAGCAAGGCAGUUCGUUUUGACAAGACGAGUGGCUCAUCUGUCCGCCACUGCUGCUCCGUAACGGGGGGGGGGAUUUGGACAAAGCCAGUCAGAUGUUGGACGGUAAAAACAUCCUCGGAAAUAAAACGUUUCUACGCCGUAUUGUGAAAUUGAAUUAUCAAGCUGAUCAUCUGUCGUGAAAGUGCCAGGGAGGAGUGAGGUAUAUCUUUGGAGGUCCGAGAGUUUGGAGCUCGCUCCGAAGGAAGGGGUAACGUAAGGGGUGUGCAGAGGAGGAAGACCCGCAGAGAAGAAGGGACGUAGGGGGACAAAAGCCUGAUGCCAGUGAUGGCAAACGAGCCGAUCAUCCUGAACGUUUAUGAUAUGUACUGGAUCAAUGAGUUUACCAGCACUCUGGGCAUCGGAGUCUUUCACUCAGGGAUUGAGAUCUAUGGAAGAGAGUUUGCCUAUGGCGGACACCCGUACCCAUUCUCAGGGAUCUUUGAGAUUACACCAGGUGAUGCAACCGAACUUGGCGAGACCUUUAAGUUCAAAGAAGCCAUAGUCUUGGGCAGCACAGACUUCACAGAGGAGGAUGUGGAACGGAUCGUGGAGGAGAUGGGGAAGGAGUACAAGGGCAACGCCUACCACCUCAUGCACAAGAACUGCAAUCACUUCUCUUCAGCACUGUCAGAGAUCCUGUGUGGCAGGGAGAUCCCUCGCUGGGUCAACCGCCUGGCCUACUUCAGCUCCUGCGUGCCAUUCCUCCAGAGCUGCCUGCCCAAAGAGUGGCUGACCCCGGCUGCCUUACAGUCCAGCGUCAGCCAGGAGCUCCACGGAGGAGGGGAGCUGGAGGAGGCCGAGGACGCCGCUGCCACAGCCUCCCUGGCAUCCAUGUCGCCCUGCUCACCCUCAUCCUCCUCCAGCCCUUCCUCCUUGCCUCGUCAUUCCCGACCCCAGCCCCGCCGGUAGAAGCUGCAAGGUCUGCUGGGAGAAUUGGGCUGGACUCGUGGUUAUAGAGACUGUCAGGUAACAGAAUACCUGCAGCAGCUGAUGAGUCCAGCUACAGCCAAAAGUCCUGUCAGACUGUCUUCGAGCAAGGCACUGAACUGCUACCUGCUCUACAUGUCAGCCAAAUCUCUACAGUGAUCCAGAGCAGUAUGAAGGAACUCUUGCUGCUGACAAAGGCAGGAUCAUCUCUGUGAACAUGGCUAAUGGAUUCCAACAUCCCAUCCAAACUAUUUCCCUCAAGUGUCUUUCAUUAUUUUACCAGCCAACAGAAUAAAAGUAACGCCGGUUGUUUACCCAUCAAAGUGUUUCAAAGUUUACCAGCCACAUCAAGAUUUUAACCAGCAGCUAGUUGGUGGAUGGUGCUAAUCCCCGCCUUGUUGUAGUGGAAACCAGUGAGAGGAGAUGAUGAAAAGCAGCGUUGGUUUGGCUCAGUUCAUAAGGACUGACCUUGAACGUUGUGAUUUGAGUAACCCUAGAUGUUCAGACGUUUCCAAAACUAUUUGACCAUCCAACAAGCACUUGUGAUUGAGUAUAGAUGAUUGAAAGGAUUGAAAGCAUAAGAAAGAAAAUUAUGAUUAUUAUUAUUAACUUUUCACUGUUUUUUUCUUCUUCUUUUUUUCUUGUGAAAUACUGGAUAGUUUUCAGUCUAGCAGGUUUUUACAAAAACACCGUUAAGGUGGCGCUGCUUACCACAGCACCACCGGGAGUUCCAGAGUGUUAAAAACUCCACCAAACUAACGGGGAACACACUGAACAAGACCCUUGUUUUUCUGCUGUAAUGUGAAUACGCCUUAAGGGGUCUCUUCAUAUUGAACAUCCUUACAAUCUGUGCUUUUUUUUGGGAGAAGGUAGAGAACAAUAAAGCACAACUGCAUUGGUGUCAACACUCAGCCAUGGUAGUUGCAAUUUGGCCCACAACGAGACACUGAAUCCUGAACAUCUGCAAUCUGACACCAUCUGAAGAGAAACCGACUGGAACAUUUCGUCAUUUUAGUUUUAAAUUACCACCAGCCAAGCGCUGGUAUAAUUUGAUCUGUGGCUGGUAAAUGUUUACACUGCAGCCAACAGUCGUUAAGAUGUCCCUGAAUAUUUGGCUGGUAAAAUUUUGAAUGCAGCAGCUGGAGUUCGGGAGCUAUACACUUUGCCUCAACAUGCUGUGUGCGCAUCAGGGCCUCAGCCUUUUGUUUUUAUUUUUCUCUCACAGCAGGCUGGAUAGACUUAGACUAAGAUUAAAAACUACCAUCAGCCUCACACUCCUCAAACACCAUACACAUCCAGAACCAGCGACUAAAUGGGUGAACAUUUCUAACACACCUUGGAUGGGUUCAGUUCCAGGUAAUUUUUGCUUCCCUGUCUUUGUUCCUUUUUUAUGUCAAGUCUGUAUCAGCAGUUGUGGGGUAUCUGUAGCAGCUCUUCCUACCUCCCAUCAUGGGAUAAUCCACGCAUGAUUUGAGAAACUUAAACACAAUGAAGCAGAUUUUUAAAUGCAUCAUUCCGUAAUGUAAUAAUUUUGAAAAAGCAAGUUAUUUCCUAACCAAUAAUGUAAUAUUGUUAAAGAAAUUCUAAAUAAUUUAGAAAUUAGGUUGCAGGGCAGGCAGCAACCUAUAGAUUAGAAAAUACUUUUUGUUAUCCGAAGGUUCUUUAAAUUUAAAUUCCUGAGUAAAAGAGAGUGAAUUAUUUCUUAGUAGCAACUGCCUUGGUGCCUUUGAGUAAGGUACUUAACCCACAAGUGUUCCAGUGGCCAACAGUAGAAGACUGUGGUUGUACUGGGCUGCUCCCAGUUGUCAGUGUGUUUCUUUGUAAGCAUUAAGCAAAAAUGUUUUAUCUUCGCCAGAGUAAAUCAAGGUUCAAGUUUACAUUAAGGACAUGAUGUCAGCCCAUAGCGAUUUGUCAUCUCCAUAAAUGUCUGAAGACGACAGGCAGUUGGAGCCAAGGAAGGGAAUUUGAGGAAGAGUGUGUCUUAAAUGAGAACUGACCCAUUACCCCAACCCUCUUUAACUGACCUGCCAUCAGCCUGCACUCCAGACAGUCAUUUUCCUCACAUCUGUGUUCAGUUAUGGAUGAUGCACAUUGGUGUUAUUUGGAGCAUCAUCACAGCAACACAUUUUAGGUUUUAUUUCAAGCGUUUAUACUUACAUUACAGUCCUUAAUCAUCUAUAGCAGUAUAAUUUUACACUUUACGAGAAGAUGCUGCUUUUCCCAUGUGAUGAGCACCUCAUUUAAAAACUCUUUCUAUAUGCUGUCAACAACAACAACAACACAUAUGCUGCAUAAUGUGUAUCGUCCAAAACAAGAGCAAUGGAUGUAUUGAAAACACAUUUCUAAGUAGAAUUUACCUGUUUUGCUGAAAGUCUGAAGACUGAACUACAAGCAGGAAAACUGUCACUUUCUUUGCUUUUAUUUUUUGUUUUUUUUUAAAUCCUGUAUUUCUAUGAUAUAUGGACUCUGGCCUUUAUGUCUGUUUUGUUUGUUUGAUAAACUCAGGACUCUAAAAGGCUUUGUAAUAUAAUCCUUUUUAACUUUUUUAUCCCACAUUUUAUGUUUGCGUUGUUGCUUUUUCUAAUGCAGUAGUCACUCCAUAGAGCUUUUCAAGAACGCACUGUGGAAGUGCAGUUUUAUACUCCUCUCUUUGAUAAAAAGAAAAAAGAGCUUUUGUUUACAACCUGGAUGUUUGGAUGUAAGCCUGUGCUGCUCUCUGUUUUCGUGUGUGUGUGUGUGUGUGUGUGUGUGUGUGUGUGUGUGUGUGUGUGUGUGUGUGUGUGUGUGUGUGUGUGUGUGUGUGUGUGUGUGUGUGUGUGUGUGUGUGUGUGUGUGUGUGUGUGUGUGUGUGUGUGUGUGUGUGUGUACACAGUUGUAUUAUAAAUGGUUAGUAUCAACAAUCUGCCAUCUGGGCCAAAUUUCCCUACAUCAAACACACACAGUCUAACAAAUGUAGCAAAUUCCAGUGUGCGUGUGUUUUAAAUAUUGCCACAUCUUCAAGAUAUUGUAUUUCUGUUAACCAAGUAAACUUUUUGUCCUUAAGCUAAAUUUUCAGUAAAAUUAUUUUGGUGCAGUGGCAGAUACUUUUGCAGAUUAAAACUACUGGUUAAAAUGUUACUUUCAGGACUUUGUUUUCUAACAAAUAAACAGUACAGAAGCAGUGUUAAAGCAAAGACUCACGAAACCAGCGUAUUUGUGAUUUGGAUUAAAAGGAUUCAACUGAAUAUCCUAUUAAUAUUAAAUGUUACUUCAUACGUUUAGGAAAUCUGAAUAAGAAAAAAGUAAACUUUAUUUUUAAUGCGAACACACACACACACACACACACACACACACAGAGCUCAUGUCAGUGCCCUCUGCUGGCUGUUAUUUGUACUGUUACUUGUCUGUGGUUUUUUUUACACAGACAGCGGGGUUUCCCUUAACCUUCAUAGCUUGUUGUUACAAGAUCAUUUCUUUCUAUUGACAAAUUAACAAUAUGUCAUCAAACACUCAUUUCUACCAGCUUCCAAAUGCUGGGGGAGAACAUAGUUACUUUAUGUUCAUAUCUCAACAUUGAAAGUACCGCAAAAAAAACAUUACUGAGGCCAAAGAUAGCUUUAACUUCACCGAUCUUUUUUAGUUAACAGCCAUUGGAUUGUCAUCACGCAUGUCAUUUUGGAAUGAAACCCUCAUUAUUUGAUUAAAUGUAUCAUUAUAGUAAAUGUAGUAAAUGUCCUUUCAAAUAAUUAUUUGUGGGACAUUACUUUUGUAAGCUAUGAAUGUAGAUUGGGAAACCUCAGUUAUUCAUACCCCAUAAAAACUGACUCCAGCUGUUUUACAGUGAACUUUCACAAAGCCUUCAGAAGAGUGGACCCGAUUUGUACCCUGUUGUAAAGUUAUUAAAGAAAGCUAUACAAUCUGU